AUGCCAAUCUUCAAUCAACAACAAGCUCCAAAUUAUUAUGAAAAUAAUAAUAAUAACCAAAACCAGAAUCAAUUUGUUCAACCAAAUGAAUAUGGACAUACAUUUGAUGAAGCCUUCCAAGUUGAAAAACCAAAAUGGAAUGAUAUCCCAUUCACUUUAUUCUUUAUCGCAGUAUGCUGUGGGUUCGUUGCAGUUGCAGCUUUAACUUUGAGAGGUUAUGCCCAAAGUUAUUCUCAACAAGGUUCUGGUAUUUAUAAUUCCACUUCUUCAUUCUCUUUAAAUACAAACACUGUUAUCUUAUUUGUCUUUGUCGUUGUUGUUGCAUUGGUUAUUUCAUCUGCUACUUUAAUGUUUGCAAGAUUACAUCCAAAAGGUUUCAUUACUACUGGUAUCAUUGUUAAUAUUGUUAUGGGAUUAGGUACUGCAAUUGCUUAUUUUGUUAUGCAUUAUUAUUCAGCUGCUGUUGUGUUUUUAGUGUUCACUUGUAUUUCAGCAUUUUGUUAUUGGGGGAUGAGAUCAAGAAUUCCAUUUUCUGCUGAAGUUUUAGUUACUGUUAUUGAUGUUAUGAAGUCUUAUAAAUCAACCUUAGUUGUUUCAGCAAUUGGUUUGUUAGUUUCUGGUAUCUUUUCAUUAUUAUUUAGUGCUGUUGUUGUUGCAACUUAUAUGAAAUAUGAUCCAAAACAAGGUAGUGAAGGUUGUUCAGUUUCAGGUGGUGGUUGUAGUAAUGCUAAAUUGAUUGGUAUUUUAUUUUUUGUGUUUUUUGCAGGUUACUACAUCACUGAAGUUAUAAGAAAUGUUAUCCAUGUUACUAUUUCAGGUGUUUAUGGUACUUGGUAUUAUUUGUCAAGAUCUGAUGAAGGUCAACCAAGAUGGCCAGCUUCUGGUGCUUUCAAAAGAGCUAUGACUUAUUCAUUUGGUUCAAUUUGUUUUGGUUCUUUGAUUGUCACUUUUAUUGAUUUAUUAAAACAAGGUUUGAAUUUAUUACGUCAAAAUGCUGCUGCUGCUGGUGAAACUUGUGCUCAAUGUGGUUACUUGGUUUUAGAUAUAUUAUUGGGAAUCAUUGAAUGGUUGGCUCGUUUCUUUAACCAAUAUGCUUACUCUUAUAUCGCUCUAUAUGGUGAUGGUUAUAUCAGUGCUGCUAAAGCUACAUGGCAUUUAAUGAGACAAAAAGGUAUUGAUGCCUUGUGUAAUGAAUGUCUUGUUGGUACUGCCUUGGGAUUCUAUGCUAUGUUUAACGCUUAUGUUUGUGCUUUAUUAGCUUUCUUAUAUGUCAGAUUAACCAAACCAGAAUAUAACUCUGAAGGUACAUUUUAUGCUCCAGUUGUUGCAUUUUCAUUUGUUAUUGCCUUGCAAAUUUCAAAUAUCGUUACACAACCAUUAAGAUCUGGUACUUCAACUUUCUUUAUUGCAUUAGCUCGUGAUCCAGAAAUUUACCAACAAAGUUAUCCAAAUAGAUUUAACCAAAUUGCUUCAACUUAUCCAAAUGUUUUCGAUAAAUUGAGAAAUAGAUAA